UUGAAAUUUUUGGAAGGUGAGCAAGCCCCCCAUGGUCAGUCACCGCACUGUUUCGCCCUCGAUAAGAACCCCCAACCUCCAUGAAUCCUCUUCCCAAUUCCAUGCUUCCUUCCUCUCGAUUCUUGCUGAUCAUUGCUCGAUCGAAGCUUUCUAGGUUUGGAUUCUGGUGAGAAGCAGGGGAUCGAGCUGGGUUUCUUUCGGUGGAUUUGGUUGGGGGAUUGGAGGUGGGUUCAAUGCCUGGCGAGGAUCUCGUAGAGCUCAAAUUCCGGCUAUUUGAUGGCACGGAUAUCGGCCCGAUCGGUUACUCCUCGGCCUCCACCAUCGCCAUGCUGAAAGAGAGGAUCGUCUCCGAGUGGCCUCGUGAUAAAAAGAUCAUUCCAAAGGCAGCUAAUGAUGUUAAGCUGAUAAGUGCUGGGAAAAUUUUGGAGGAUAAUAAAACAGUUGCCCAGUGUAGACCUCCUUUUGAUGAGCUUCUGGGAGGGGUUACCAUCAUGCAUGUUGUUGUGCAACCAUCAUUGCCUAAGGCAAAAUCUGGUAAGCUCCAAUCAUAUUCUUCCUUGCAGAGUUAUGGUUUUCAAAUUUCCUUGUACAAGGUGGUCUGUUUUUGUUUGACUAUUUAUAUAACACGAGUAAUGUUUUUAUACAAAUUAGCUUUCCAAGUGAGUUGCCGUCCAUCAGUUUCUUUACAUAUGAUGGGGUCUAAGAGAUUAAGAGCAAAGGAACAACUCUCAUAUAUGUCUCUUAGUGACCUGAUUCUUCUAGAGAGUGAGCCAUCCCUUGAUGUGCUGCACCUGCUUAAGGCUGUGCUCUCAAGGCUGGAUGCACUGCAGCUGUCUGAAAUUGCUGAAGAUGUUGUUGCAUUUGUAGUUGAGUCUCCCAAAAAGAUCAUAAGAUUGAGCUGCACUUGA